AUGAAGCAUAUGGAGCCCAAUGCAUUUACAACCGAGCUAGCUAAGCUGUAUGAGGAUUCAAGGAAAUCGGGAACAGGAACUGUAUCGGUCACGAUGAAGCGAAUGACUGAAAACCGAGUGAAUAUUGCCAAAAAGACCAUGCCAAAACAAGACGCUGCUGGAUUGACAACACGCCUUGAACUUGCCAACGAUCAGUAUCCAUGCCUGGUGCGUGCGUCGUUUAAGAAUAAGAAGAUUAGCACUGUGGUUGCUGGGGAUGAUUUGGAUAAAUUUCAUGAUGCGUAUACCACUGUGAUCAAGGCAUACAUGGAUUCCCUAAAGAAGAAGGAACGUAACAAGAAGAACAAGAAGCAGAAAGCCACCACGGCGUGA